UGGGAUGCAUAGCUCGGAGAUGCAGUACCCCUGGAAAAUCCUUAUGGUGGCGCCUCUACUCUUGCUCCUGUCUCUUCAGUCCUCGGCCUCUCCAGCCAACGAUGACCAGUCCAGGCCCAGCCACUCAAAUGGGCACACCUGUGUAGGUUGUGUGCUGGUGGUGUCUGUAAUAGAACAGCUCGCUCAAGUUCACAACUCGACAGUCCAGGCUUCGAUGGAGAGACUGUGCAGCUACCUGCCUGAAAAACUGUUCUUGAAAACCACCUGCUAUUUAGUCAUCGACAAGUUUGGAUCAGACAUCAUAAAACUGCUUAGCGCAGAUAUGAAUGCUGAUGUGGUAUGUCACACUCUGGAAUUUUGUAAACAGAACACUGGCCAACCAUUGUGUCAUCUCUACCCUCUUCCCAAGGAGACAUGGAAAUUUACACUACAGAAGGCAAGACAAAUUGUCAAGAAGUCCCCGAUUCUGAAAUAUUCUAGAAGUGGUUCUGACAUUUGUUCACUCCCGGUUUUGGCCAAGAUCUGCCAGAAAAUUAAAUUAGCUAUAGAACAGUCUGUGCCAUUCAAAGAUGUAGAUUCAGACAAAUACAGCAUUUUCCCGACACUGCGGGGCUAUCACUGGCGGGGGAGAGACUGUAAUGACAGUGACGAGUCCGUGUACCCAGGUAGAAGGCCAGACAACUGGGAUGUCCAUCAGGAUUCAAACUGUAAUGGCAUUUGGGGUGUUGAUCCAAAAGAUGGAGUUCCAUAUGAGAAGAAAUUCUGUGAAGGUUCACAGCCCAGGGGAAUCAUUUUGCUGGGAGACUCAGCUGGGGCUCAUUUUCACAUCUCUCCUGAAUGGAUCACAGCGUCGCAGAUGUCUUUGAACUCUUUCAUCAAUCUACCAACAGCCCUUACCAAUGAACUCGACUGGCCCCAACUCUCUGGUGCUACAGGAUUUCUGGACUCCACUGUUGGAAUUAAAGAAAAAUCUAUUUACCUUCGCUUACGGAAAAGAAACCACUGUAAUCACAGGGACUACCAGAAUAUUUCAAGAAAUGGUGCAUCUUCCCGAAACCUGAAGAAAUUUAUAGAAAGUUUGUCUAGAAACAAGAUGUUGGACUAUCCUGCCAUCGUUGUAUAUGCCAUGGUUGGAAAUGAUGUCUGCAAUGGGAAGAGUGACCCAGUCCCAGCCAUGACCACUCCUGAGAAACUCUACUCCAACGUCAUGCAGACUCUGAAGCAUCUAAAUUCCCACCUGCCCAAUGGCAGCCAUGUUAUUUUGUAUGGCUUACCAGAUGGAACCUUUCUCUGGGAUAAUUUGCACAACAGAUAUCACCCUCUCGGCCAGCUAAAUAAAGACGUGACCUAUGCGCAGUUGUACUCCUUCCUGAACUGCCUCCAGGUCAGCCCCUGCCACGGCUGGAUGUCUUCCAACAAGACGUUGCGGACUCUCACUUCAGAGAGAGCAGAACAACUCUCCAACACACUGAAAAAAAUUGCAGCCAGUGAGAAAUUUACAAACUUCAAUCUUUUCUACAUGGAUUUUGCUUUCCAUGAAAUCAUACAGGAGUGGCAGAAGAGAGGGGGACAGCCCUGGCAGCUCAUCGAGCCCGUGGAUGGAUUCCACCCCAACGAGGUGGCUUUGCUGUUGUCGGCAGAUCGUUUCUGGGAAAAGGUGCAGCUCCAGUGGCCCCAAAUCCUGGGAAAGGAGAAUCCGUUCAACUCCCAGAUUAAACAGGUGUUUGGAGACCAAGGCGGGCACUGAGCCUCUCAGGAGCACGCACCCCUGGGGAGCACAGGGAGGCAGAGGCUUGGGUAAACUCAUUCCACAAACCCUAUGGGGGCUGCCACGUCACAGGCCCAAAGGACUCUUCUUCGGCAGCAUCUUUGCAAAUGUCUUUCUGUCAAUUAAGAGCAUAUCUGGAUGACUGUGCAACGCUGUGUGCUCCUGGGAUCAGUAACCCUUUCGUUGUUCCUGAAAUAAACUUUAAUGAAGUGCUUUGGGUGCCAUUCCAAACAAGAGAGUAUCUGUACCCUUUACAGCUAAUUGUUCUAAAAGGAGUUUCUAAAAACACUUAAGAAGUCCAGCGAUGUUCAGCAAUUUACCCAGGGUCUUGGCAUGCCAGGGGACUGAUCCUCCCUGUAUUGUUGACUUCUUAAAAAUGGCCUGGCAAGCUGAGGCUCCUCCUAUGCAGGCGGCUGGCCAGCUGCCAAGGACUCACACAAGGGGGCAGACCAGGCUUCAUGAGGCCCCCUUGAAAAACAUAACACAAAACUAUAAAUACAAAAUUAGAUACGAACUUGAAUACACAUUUAGAAUGGGGAAAGAAAUCACCACAAAUUACAAAUGUUUAAAAGUUGACAAAGUGCCAUAUAACCUCACAAAGUCCAGAAAAAUGACAAUACAAUUUUUUUCCUUUAAAGUAUUUUAUUAGUUGAUUAGUGGGCAUAAAUGUACAGUUAGAUAAAAGAAAUAAGGCCUAGUGUCCGAUAGAUCAGUAGGGUGACUGUAGUUUACUAAAUGCUAUUGUACAUUUCAUUUCAAAUCGCUAGAAGAAAAUAAUUUGAAUGUUUCUAGCAUAAAGAAAAGACAAAUAUUUAAGGCGAUAGAUACCCAAAGUACACUUAUUUAAUCUGUACAGGAAGACUCCAGAGUAAAGGGAGGGUCCCCCGGCCUGACCACCUCCCUUCUCCCACCCUAUGUGUCGUCUCUGAACCUGUCACUUCCCACCCCUCUAAAAAAGACUUUAAAUUCUCUUAGGCCUGACCACCCACAACCUUGGGGAAUCACCUAACAUCUAACCAGUUCCAUCUUUUGAAUGAGCUCAGGUGGGAAAACAAAGGUACCCAAAUCCUGAGCUCUGACCUUACUCUGAGGCACAGCACCAAGGAACUGAAGGGUGGAAGAGGACGUUGACCCCAUCUCACUUUCUCAGAAAACACAAAUACUGCAAAUAAACACCACAUGGAAAUCAAUACUAAAUACCACUAUUGCCUGCAAAACUGGAGUCUGAGGCCAGGCCUUCUUCCCUGGAUCAGGGGCCCGGGCAAGGCUCAUUUACUUCUGCCUGCAUUUUCUAUGCUCCAGACACAUUCCUUCUUUGAGAUUUGACCAAGUCUUUCUCUCUGGCUUGAGAACGCCCUGUCCCUGUGCUUUGUGUACUUCUUGUAACAGCGCCUAUCCCGUAUUGCUGUACUGGUGCCCCUUGAGCUACUGUCUUCAGCCUUGAGUGUUCCAGAAUGAUGGUGUCUGAGGAUUGUCCACUGAGAGGAACCUGAAGGGCUUUCCUGGGUUGGCAUGCAUCCCUCCCCAUCUCCCCAUUCCUGGAGGGGCUGUGGAAAAAAGCACCGGAACCUGAACUGCAGGCUCCAUGAGAUGGGUACCUGGCCAGUCACGUGUACUCCUGUGUCCAACCCCCAACACAAUGCCUGACCACUGCAGAUGCACAAGAAAUAGCACUGAAUGAAUAAAUGAAUGAGAAGUUA